AUGUCGGGAGUGUGGGUGUUCAAGAACGGGGUGGUGCGGCGGGUGGAGAACCCCGGGGCCGGCGUGGGGGAGGGGAUCAGCGGCGCUUCAGGCAGCAGCCGUCGACGGAAGGUGCUGGUCCACCUGGCGACGGAGGAGGUGAUAACAUCGCACGAGGUACUGGAGAAGAGGCUGAGGGAGCUGGGUUGGGAGCACUACCCCAGCACGCCCGACCUCAUCCAGUACCACCAGCGCUCCUCCGUCCACCUCAUCUCCCUCCCCAGGGAUUUCUCCCGCUUCUCCUCCGUCCACAUGUUCGACAUUGUCGUCAAGUGCAGGAACAUCUUCGAGGUGCGCGACGCAUGA